AUGGCCGAACUUCAGGCGGAAGUCAAAAGACUGACCGAACUGUCCGCCCAGAAUAACGCCAGCAAACGUGAAGAAAACAGCUCCAAAGGAAAAAUUAAUACAGACCUGCUAAGUGCAGACCCACCAAAGGAGAAACUGACCUUGGACAAUCCGUUCUCCGAAGAGAUUACCCUCUAUCAGAUGCCAAAACAUUUCACACUACCCUCCUCACUCGAGCCAUAUAAGGGGAUUGGUGACCCCCAGGCUCAUAUUAAGGAAUUUCAAUCUAUGAUGUUCUUUAAUGGCCCUAACAACGAACCUCUUCUAUGCAGAGCUUUUCCCACUUAUCUCAAUAGUGCGGCCUUACUCUGGUUCUCAAAGUUACCUGCAGGACCAAUCUCCUCUUUUGAGGAACUGGCGAAAUCCUUCAUAGACUACUUCGCUGCAGCACGGAUAUAUGUUCAUGGAUCGGACUACCUCGGGACCAUUCGCCAAGGUCCCCAUGAAAGCUUGAAAGACUAUCUGACCAGAUUUGCGGAAGCAACAAUAGAAAUACCCGACCUGGAUCCCGCCGUCCACUUGCACGCCCUAAAAGCCGGACUCAGGCCCGGAAAAUUCAGAGAAACAAUCGCAGUAACCAAACCGAAGACGCUGGAGGAAUUCCGAGAAAGGGCGGCUGGACAAAUGGAGAUUGAAGAGCUCCGCGAAGCCAAAAAGAUAGAAAAAAGGCAACCAAGAAGAGAGGAUGACAGAACCACAAGAUCGGUGAGUGUCAAAGAUCUCAAAAAACCCUUCAGGCUGACCCCAAAGUUCGACAACUACACCAAAUUCAACACAAGAAGGGAGAAGAUCAUCAAAGAAAUCCUCAAAGCCAAGAUCAUAAAACCACCAACAAGGGCAGGAAGCUACCAAGAUCAACGCUUUAUCGAUAAAAGCAAGCACUGCGCUUUCCAUAAAAAAUAUGGGCACACAACCGACGAGUGCGUAAUAGCUAAAGAUCUGCUAGAAAGAUUAGCUCGACAAGGUCUCCUAGACAAGUACCAGGCUGACCCCAAACUACACCAAAUUCAACACAAGAAGGGAGAAGAUCAUCAAAGAAAUCCUCAAAGCCAAGAUCAUAAAACCACCAACAAGGGCAGGAAGCUACCAAGAUCAACGCUUUAUCGAUAA